GUUGUUGCCCGAACAUCGCCGUAUCCGCUACGAUCUCGGCUAAGCGAUUCGGCUCGUGAUGGGCCUAGUAACGGCCGGGGGGAAAAUGGCACGCCUCAAAGCUCGCAAGCCCUCAAGAUCGUUGUUAAGAAAAAACGCGUUAGCGGUGCAUGCACGCCGAGGCUGUCAGAGCAGAAGAUGUACAACUUAGCGAGGGCGGAGCCGUCUCCGGCACGCCAUGCAGGUCACGCAGUGUACACGGGUGUCUUGGCGAGCAGCCUUGAGCCUAGGGACUUGCUGGACAAGCAGCAGCAGCAGCUAUCGACGCAUGACAGGCGUGAGGCGCCGAAUGAGGGUACCGAUGCAAGGCAGCCCAGUACUGAGGCAGCCGGCGCGGUGCAUGGUGCCAUGCUCAGGCGGCGGCGGUACAGUGGCGGUGCUGAGCGCGGCCAGCUUGCCCUGCUGGCCCGUGCACUCGUCAAUCCCGCAGACGCCAAGGCUGGCCGUGUUGGCAGUCCAGGAUCAGCGCAACAGCAGCUGCAUUCAAUGUUGGGUCCCGAUGAUAGGGGUUCUAUUGGCAUCCAGGUCGCGGAGAACGGAGGGCCGACGUGGCGGGACGGGGCUGGCGCCCCGUAUGCGGCGGCAAUAAACGAGGGCGAUGAUGUUAGCAUGGCAGAGCUGAAUGAGUGUCUGGCAACGGGUUCGGCAAAGAUCCAGGCUGAGUUGCCGACAGCUGGAGCGAAUGCAGGGGCGCCGUUGCCAGCCUCAGGCACGCCAGCGGCGUCUUGGAAGUUGGGCGGCAGCAGCUCACGCCUGGCCUCCAGGGCAGCAUCAGCCUCGACGUUACGCACACCGGGGGGGCGCUGCGGCGGCGCGGGCAGCAACCAGCAGCAGCGGCGUCUGUUGCGAUGCAACUCGCCAAUGGACUUGUGCCAGGCAGUCCAGAGCGCGCAAGCCAGGGCCGAAGUCCAUGCUGGGUGCGAUGUACGGAAGGAACAGCACGGCCCAGCAGUAGGAGCCGGGGCUGCAGGCUCGUUAUCCGAGCCCGUGGCAACGCCGACCCAGGAGACCACCUCGGCCGCAGCGAUGCGGCGCUGUCUACAUACGCGCGUCCGACUGCAGCGGUCGGAGCCAUCCUCCGGGAAGGAUGGCAAGGCGUUACCGAAGUCGCGAGCAGGCAGCGAGAAGGAGAAGGGCACUGCGGAACUUACGGCUGACGGGAAAGAGCCGUACAGCUCCAGUGGCGACGGGAUGAGUUUAACUGAUGGAUGCAUGGCAGCUUCCGGUAAGGAGCGCUCCCGCGCCGUUUCACGUCUGAAUCCGGCGCGUCCUUUGGACUCGCAGCCGCAGCCCGGGGACCUUGCGCCGCGUUGCCAAAAUACACGUGCUGCUGAUGUCAGCGCUGCAGGGUCUGCGGAAGGCGCUGUGGUGCCGCUGCGCACUGAAACGAACGGAAGCGGAAGCGGCGUCGCGCAACGCGCGUCUGUCGCACUUUUUGAACCUGUUGUCUCGGAGCCACCCACGAAGGUGGCCAUGGGGGUUGCUGCCAUGGCUGUAGCGAAACUGGCGGCAGCUCAACCAGACUUGCAGUCGCCUACACCGAGCUUGACGGGUAUCGAUCCUUGGAUUACUGUUGCCAAGCUUGCAGCUCGCGCGGCAUCCGUCACCUGUGAUGUUAGGCCGCAGCAGCAGCCCGAACAGCCUGGCGAAAACGGAGGUCAGGAGGCAAAGGAGACAGGGACUAGCGGUGCUGAUGUCGUGGUAUCCGCGCAUGUGGACAUAUUCUCCGGUGGGACGGGCUCUGGUAGGGCAGCUGAACAGCGCGAGGGUGGGGGAGAGGCACCAGCAGCCGCGGCAAUUACCGUGCAGCUCAGCACUGGCGACGAGGAAGAUACGCGCGAAUUAUUGUUUGAAGGCAGUGAGGAGGAGCAGCAGCUGGCCACAACUGGGCCUGGGACCGCGCGGCCUAAUGCGACCAGAGAGAGGACCAAGCUUGAGGGGUCAUUGCCGGGGAGACAUGCGCGCAAUUUGACCCGUAGGGGGCGGGGGAAGGUCAGGGGUAGAGGCCGACGGUCGUUGUCUUCUGUUUGUGCCGCCGAGACUGUCACCACAAGCGGCAGGAUGAACCGAGGCAAGGCAGAAGUAGCAGCGACGGCAAAGGGCGCUGAUUGCAUCACUCCAGGCGCGCUCCGUGCUGCCUUUCGGGCGGAUUCCGCCAGCGGGGAUGAUUCUUCUCCUGAUGUGCCGAUCGGCAAACUGGUGGAAGCGGCCGCGGCUGCAGCUGCGGCAGGCGCGGCGGACGCUGCAGUCGUUACCCGACGGUUGUGUCCGCCGUCGUCGGGCGGGCUGAAGAAGGUCGUCCCUGCAAGUGCUGCCGUCACUGCAGUGACGCCAGUGGCUUCCAAGCGCGCGACGAGGGAUGCGAGUGCUGCCCUUGAUGCCGGCAACAACCUGGCGGCGCGAAUAUCCGUAUUUGCCGAUUCGCCCUCUGCAGUGCCCGAUUCGGAGGACCUGCCGAUUGGACAGCUCGUGGCAGCAGCAGCGGCGGCUGCAGCCGCAGCAGGCACCGGAACAACUAGGUCGCCAGGGUCAUCACCCAGUGCGGGUGCACAUGGCAGUAGGGAGGGGGGAGUGGAUAACGCCGGCGAGGGAGCCCCGGGCGCGGACCCCAUUCCUAUCGUCAAGUGCGCUGGUGCCUUGCAGCAGGGACAAAGGCGGGGGCAGUCCAAGGUUUCAGACAACGCGUCAGGGGUUGCGCCGACCCCCGCAGCUGAAGUGGCGGCGGCAACGGCGGCGGUUACUAGUGUUUCAGUUGGUGGUAACACAACGGCGACCAAACACGAGGCACGUCGGAAGCGGAAGCGUCGGUCCAGUACAUCAUUGGGGCUGAGCAGCGGAGGGUCCGCGGAGUUGCACCCCGCAGACAGAGCGGCACGGGGAGCUGCAGAAGGGCUUCCACGAGGCGGUACCGAUGGGGCACCUGGCAGCGACAUCGCCGCCGUGUCCAGCGUCCCAAUCGCGUCGGAGCCAUGUCAGGGAUGCAGUACGGACCAUUUGGGGCUAGCUGCCGGCAUCAAGCAGGGCAGUCAGCAGCCCGUCACCACCGCCGCUGCUUCAAGCGCGGAUGCGGGGACGGAGGAAGCGCGCGGGGUUGCUACAUCCGGACAGGAGCUGGCGUCUACAGUGGCUUCGCAGCAGCCGCAGUUGGCAUCAGCCGUCGCCGGGGGCAGCAAGGUCCAGCUCGCGAACCUGUGGAAGCGCCAACGGGUGAUGGGCAGCAUGCCUCAGUCGGUUACGCGGGUAGGCGGCGCGCGGCCGGGCUCAGGUAGGAUGGAAGCCAAACUCCGCCCACAAGCAGGUGCUGCAUGCGAGGGCGCGACGCACACGUUGCGUGCUGACGUGCAGCAGCAAGAGCUGCAAGAGCCGCAGUCGGAGCUUGGCCAUGCCGGUCAUGGCGCCCAAGGGCCUAGAAGCGAACAUCCGUGUCAGUCUGCGGUUGCUCCCGCUGCUGGAAAGGGUUCAGCAGUUCAGCAGGAGAAGAAUGGUGGUGAUGGCGUGGAGCAGAAUGUGGGUUGCGAGGCGGCGCACGGUGAGACGGUUGGGAAACCGCAGUAUGCUGACGUGGAAAUGGUAGAGCCGGUGUAUGAGACCGAGAGUUAUUCUUGCGGGGUUAAGGAGCAGGAGCAGCAGCGGCUCUGCCUUAGCGAGCUCCUCCCUUCAGAGGCGUCUGCCGGAAGGAAUCAGGGAGUGGACACGGUCCAAGGUGUUAUCGUCAGCGCCUCAUCCGGAAAUUCGGCUGACCCCGAAGACGGAGGAAGCGAUCGGACUGCUGGCUAUGAAGAUGGCGCCUGCGCACAACCCGCAGCAGCAGUUGCUGCUGUCAAUCGCGUUCACAUCCGCAGCGUGUGGAAACGUCCGCGUCUUGCGGAGGCUUCGCGGCCAGUAUCCUCGGCCGGGGGAGGCAGACUCACGGGUCGGCGAGCGUUGCUAGGGUCAUCAUUGCAGCGGCCGGCCGGAGCCACGGCGGCGCCGGUGCAGGCGAGCACUGCUGCCGCCCUCCCUGGCCGUGUACAGGCCGGUCCGGAGGAUGACACGGGGCCGGCCGUGUUGGCAGACCAACCCUCCGCCGUUGCUGACGGCGAGUGUGAGGUCCGCUUGCAGCAGCAGGCGCAGCAGCCCAAAGCAGCAGCUGACAGUGACAGUGCCGGCGGAGACGGCAGUCAGGAUGGUAAUGGCGGCCAUCAUCGCUUCAGCGGCAACGUCGGCCUGACACCCGUGGAGGAGGGCAAGAGGGAUGCAGAUCAGAAGAACCGCACCGGGCCGUUGGCAGUAUCAGCCGUGGCGGUGGCGGCAGGACUGACCACGGCGAUGGCUACAUCUGCUAUCAACGUAAGGGGAGAUGCCCUGCAUCAUACACCUCCAAGGAUGCUGCGCGGAGGGCCCCUGGUUACCGCUCCAAGCCCGAGGAUAUCCGCCUUGGGCGUGAUUGGGAAGCCACCUCGGAGUCCAUGUGACCUGCGGGCUGCGGCUACUGCGGUGCCGCCGUCGCCGCGCCUGCUCCCAUCACCAUCGCCCUCGUCAUGCGAAGUCGCAUGUCGAGCGGGGCACCGUUUGCGGGAUCCGUCGCUCCACCCUGCGGCCCUUCCGGGUGGCGCCGGCAUGUCGCCCAUUCAGCCGUUGCUGUCAAGGCUGCAGGCGGCCGCGGUGCCGUCGCCGUUGGCCCAUGCCGGCACUGGGUCGCGGUUGCGGCCUCCGCCCGUGCCCAUGUCACCCUUAUCCGGGUCCACAGCGGCGGCGGCCGCCAUUUUGGCAGCAGCGGACGCACCGCUGGCCCCGUCGCCGGCGCCGGACGCACGAGCGCCUUCACCGUUGGCCCUCUUAAGCAAUGCUAGCAAGCGGAUGGUCGCGUCGGCGGCCGAGGCCUCGUUUCUACAGCCCCUCGCGCCCAUCCGGACGAAGGCCCUGCAGCCUGCCGCCGCCACCGGCGGCGCCGCGUCGGGCGUGAAGCGAAGUGUUGUACAGGCUGUUGAGGCGCUGCUGUCCAUUCCGCUGCUAGGGAACGAUGAUGACAGCUCGCCGAGCGGCACAGGCGAUGCUGAUGCCGCCGUUGCCGCUUCUGCAGCAAUUACGGUUGUUGGCGCUGAAGCCGAUGACACCGUGCGGGAUGGGACAGCACCCACGACAGGAGCAGCGGCUUCCGACGGCGCUAUGUCUCCAGGUGGUAUGGCGUGCCGGCUGGAGCGGCUGCUUGACGCAGCCUCCUGUGAGGCCAGGGGGCCAUCAUCUGUGGCCGCAGAAGUACACGGAUCGGAGAACCAGCAUGCAGCGGGGCCGCCCUCGGCAUUUGCUCUGUUGGUCGACGUUGCAGCUGCGCAGAGCGGCGGAGAGGACGCAAAGGCAAACGGCAAACACGGGGCCAAGGAAACGCCGUGUGGGUCUUGCACGGCCUCGGCCUCAGGCGGGGCCUGCAAGCAGGCGGGAUCUAGUGACCCGCUGUCGGAGGGUCCUAAGCCCCUGCGCAGCGCCCUGCGGGGCGUGCAGCCUUUCUUCUCCGCUCCGGGGCUCUGGGCUGCGGGCCAUAUUGCUCGGUCACCCCCGCAGAUGGUGCUCCACGGUGGCGCCGCCGUGGUGGCGGCGGCGGCGACGACAGGCCCAAACGGCGGCGGUGGUGCUGUGUGCUCGUUGGUUUGUGAGGAGCGACUGGACUUGUUCCAUGGUAAGGCGGCAUCGCCGUUGCCGCCGCGGCCGCGGCCCUCUAGCAAGCAGCCCAAGGCACCACCCACGGAUUCUCGCUCAGUGCCUGGCAUCACUAGGCAUGGCCUGGUGUUCCAGCCCUGCAUGGCUCGGUCUCCAACAAGCCGUCUCUCGCCCAGCAAGGCAACCACUCUGGUGAUUGGUGGACAGGCUGAGUCGCCUGUUGCCGGGUCGCUGCGGCCGACGGACGGCUUCAGCACUCCACCGUGCGGGACGAGCAAGUCCCGGCAUGGGGGCGCCACCGGCAGCGCCUCUGGCUGGCACAGGGCCGGCGACGGAGUGUCGUCGCUGUAUCCGGGGCAUCAGUACGACAGCAUGAUUGAGGAUGUCGUACAGCAAAUUUUGAACGAAGCCAGUCCUGAGUUGCCGCCGUCUCUGGAGCUCACGUUGGCGGCAGCGCCGAUGACUACGUCGGUGGCGGCGGCAGGAGGCGUCACGCGGGAAGGCGUCACCGGAGUCGUGGCCCGUCAUGCGCCGGCGAUGCUGGCGUCUGGAGACGAGAACGAGCCGCAGGCUGUGAACGGCGUGGCACCUUCGCUGGUGGCGGCGGCGCCGCCGGCGACAGGAGUUCUCUCUCUACAGCAUCAAUUACAGCAACAGACGCCACCGCUACCGAGGUCUACUUCUUUGACAGGGCCAGCCGGUAAGCGGCGGCGGUCGGGGGACGUGGAGGAUUUCGGCGGGGCCGAUGCUGGCGGCGAAGAAGGCACCACCACCGCUGCAUUAGGUGAAGCGGAGCAGCGCCCAGAGGCCCAGGCACAGCCGGUGGGGCUGGUGGGCCACCGCCGCCGGCCACGGAAAGCGGCUCGCGUCGACGGGGGGCCCAGCAGCGUCGCUGCUGCCGCCGCCGCGGCAGCAGUAGCGGCAGUCGCUGUCAACGACAAGCAGACCUUGGACGAGCUGUCGAACCUCGACUCUGAUGACUCGGAUGACGACGUGCUCGAUUGCUACUCCAGGGGUGGCGCCGCCUCCAGCGGCGCUGGUGGAGGUCCGGGCAGGGGCGUGGCUGGCCAAGCUAGGACCCAAGGGGCCCAGCGCGGAGUUGGGGGAGGGCCAGGCAGGGGCCCAGGGUUCAUGUUCGCAGGCAGACUGCUGCCGUACGGGCCUCCCUGCGGCGGCAACUGGAUGAAGCCGGGUCUGGCAUGGAGCCGUACAGCAGGCGGGGCGCCGCCUCCAGUGCAGCCUUUUAUGGGUCCAGCGCGUCCCUCACCGCAGCUCAGAGCCGGCGGUCCUUCCGCUGCUACUGCCGCGGGGGCGUCGCGUCCGUCGCCUCCUGUUGCGCCACUCGGCAGCGGCGCUGGUGGGGCGCGGCUGGCGACGGCUGCGACGCCCCCGCCGCCGCCGUCGAUGCCUGCGUGCCUGGACAACCCGGCGCUACCUGGAGAGGGCUUGCUGGAUGUCCCACGUACGCUGAGCAUGCCGCGUAGUACUGUGCCAUCUCGUCGACAGAACACCUACCUGAGCGCCGCUGCGGACGCCAGCAGCGCGAGGCCCACCCUGGAGCAGGAGUAUCGGGAGGCCCUCAUCAACCUGAGGCUAGCACAGGCCUGGGCAGCCGGGGAGAGGUGGGCGCGAUGCGACCUGGCAGGGCUGCCGGCGGACGUCUCGAAGCGUGGUGUGACGGAGCGGCUGGCCGUGUUGGAUAUCGCCUCCUCCAAGCUGAACUGCUACCGGGGAGCGGAGGGUGCCACAAAGGUCAUGGCCAAGGUGGAAGAGGAGUGGGAGCAUCUCAGGCGCAUCCGAAUGGCAGCAGCCUCGCGUUCCACAGUCCGCACUCCCUCGGGCACCACACCCUCUCCGGCACCUGGAGGACAUCACUCAUUACGGGGAGGAGCCUCUUACGCCCGGGUCCCGCACACGCCACUCCCGUUCGCAGCGCACGCGCACGCCGCUGCCGCCGCCUUAGCAGCAGCAGUGCCAGCGCCAGCGCCAGCAGGUCCGCACAGUUUGGCGGCAGCUGGCACGCAGCAGGGCGGGCCGGAGGACAUGACUGUCCCCGCUGCCGCUACACCGCCGUCGGAACCAGCGGCGGUGGCGGCUGUAGCGCCGCUUGCUCUUGGACAUUCACAUGCCAUGCAGGGGGAAAAGACAAAGGCUGCUCCGCAGCAAGAUGACCAGCAGCGGCAGCACCGCCAUAACUCGCAUGCGAGCCCAUUGACGCAUCCGAACCACCGCAAUGUCGCUGGCUGUGGCGGCGGUUUCGAUCGGCCUUUCGCUGCAACGCCGCCGCCAGCGGCAGCUGGCACCGGCCUCUUUGGUAGUGACGGCGUCGCCGGCGGCAACGGAGGAGACGCAAGCGCACUGUUGAUGCAUCGCCUCAACCCGCAGCAGCUGCAACUGACCCCGCCGGCCAGCAUCCUGAAGACCGUCCCUACGCCGUACACAGCGCCGGUGCUCACAGCUUCCACGCCCAGCGGCGCUACGGGCGGCAAGAAGGCGGUCAAGUUCGCGGCGGUUCUUGAGCUGGGGCCGCAGUCCGGGUACCGCCACACGAAGCGACCGGCGCCGCCUCCGAGGCCGUCAUUCGACUUGACGAUCCAAAGCCAGUCUGAGCUCCAGCCACAGGAGGAACAGGAGCAGGGGCAGCCGUCAAAGCUGGAGCAGCAGCAGUAG